GCUAGAACUUUACAAAAAAAAGCCGUAUUGUAUCCAUUAAAUUAUGUUUGUAAUAAUAGAACCUGUGAAUGAUUGUUAUUUAAUAUACAAAAUGAUGUUUAGUUAACGUAAAUCCCUGUUCUUGUAAUUUUGUGGAAAAUUAUGUAUGGAUCUGUCGACCUUUGGACCAUUCUGCACUAUCAUGAACAACAUUGCAUUUAGAGUGUCAAUUACUGUGGUGUUUAUCUCAAUCGUUUCGUAUUACUUUAUAAUGAAUAAAAAUAAAUCAGUUGCAGUGUCAAUGGCUAACAAUGGUAUACUAUUUGUAUCUAACGCUGCCAAAGCCCACAAGUACUGCUCAAAAGUGUCAAAGUUUGUGAAAAAUGUUUUGUACAUAAAGUUCCAUAGUGGUCCAGACAGCUCAUUGCCCAUUAUUAAUAAACAGAUAGUAAAUCUUUACACUAAAGCAUCAACACAAUGUGGCAACUUGGAUGUAAGACUGAUGCUAAAGCCAGUAGAUCCUGUAGAGAAAAUAAAAACAAAUAAAUCUUUACAACUGAUCAUGUAUGAUAGGGAACUAUCCAAGGAUGUUAUUGUCAACUUACUUGAAAAGGUUCCACCAGAGACUCAAGUACAAAGUAUAGAUAUUGAUGAGAAUUUUUUUUCAAAUGAGCUUGGUCACAAUGAAGUUGAGAUGGUGAAGACUUAUGAAUAUGUAGCUUUAGGUGGUACAUUCGACAGACUGCACAAUGGACAUAAAAUCCUCCUAUCGCAAGCUGCUUUGAGAGCAACCAAGCAUGUCACAGUUGGAGUAACUGAUGUAAAUAUGAUUCAGUCAAAAACAUUAUGGGAGUUAAUAGAGCCUAUAGAAAAAAGAAUGGAAGCAGUGUUAGACUUUCUAAGAGAUAUUAACCCCGAUCUUGAGUAUAAUGUGUGCCCUAUUCAAGAUGUCUAUGGACCAACAAAGGAUGAUCCCAGAUUUCAGUUAAUAGUAGUAAGCGAGGAAACAAAACGCGGUGCCAUAAAAAUAAAUGAAAAACGCCAAACAAAUGGACUUCAACCAUUAGAUGUUUACACAAUAGGGAUUGCAGAGGAUUUGGACCAACAGUCCAAUGAAGAGGAAACCAAAGUUAGCUCUAGUAAUUUUCGGAUGCGAUUACUAGGGACACUGCUAAAGGAGCCUAAGCCCAAUCCAAACAUUCCUGAUUGGCCUUAUGUCAUCGGAUUGGCUGGGGGUAUUGCUAGUGGAAAAAGUAAUAUCACCAAUAAAUUAAAAUUAAAGGGAGCAGCGGUGGUGAACUGUGAUAUAAUCGCCCAUGAGCUGUACAAGCCGGGCUUGCCUCUGAACCGCACCAUCUCGGAGGAGUUCGGCAAUGACGUCAUUACCGAACACGGUGAAGUGGACAGGAGGAAACUUGGUGGUAUCGUCUUUAGUGAUAAGGAAAAGCUAGAGAAACUCAACCAAAUAGUUUGGCCGGCGGUCAUCGAAGAGGCGCAGAGACGUAUUAAAGCUCUCGGCUCGCAGGGCUAUAAGGUGGUAGUGAUGGAAGCGGCUGUGAUGGUGCGAGCUAAGUGGUAUACCUACUGCCACCAGCUCUGGGCUGUGAUUGUACCGCCUGCUGAAGCAGUUAAAAGACUGCAAGAACGCAACAACCUAUCGGAAGAGGAAGCCAAGCAGAGGGUUGACGCCCAACCCUCGAAUUUAGAACAAGUGGCCCAAGCCAAUAUCGUCUUCAGCCCCUACUGGAGUUACGAGUAUACACAAGUGCAGAUAGACCGAGCGUGGGAACAGUUGCAGAAGUAUUUAGCGUCUAGGAAAUGAUUGCCAGUUUUGAAGUGUGGAGCCUCAAUAGCUCAACGGUUAUAGGAGCGGACUGAUAUCAGAAAGGUUGGCGGUUCAAACCCCACCCGUAGCUAUUGUACCUACUCCUGGCACAAGCUUUACGCUUAGUUUGAGGGGAAAGGGGAAUAUUAAUCAUUAUUAAAAUGGCUAAUAUUCUUUAAAAAAAAAGACCGUUUUGGAAUGAUUCCAUAUUCAAAGUUACCAAUUAUAAGUCGCAUCGUCAAAAUUCAUUUGCGCAGAAAAGCGUAACCUAAGAGCGGUCAGGGCGUUUAUGCACUUAUUCGUGUUAAAUUCGUUUUCGUAAAAGUACGAUUUAAAAUAACCGCCCGCGUAUAUCCAUAUACAAAGUUAUCACUUCUCGUAUUGGCAAAAUUCGUUUGCGCAGGAAAGCGUACCCAAGAGCGGUUAGGUCUUUGUGGACGUCAUUCGUUUUCUUAAAAAGACGAUUCAAAGUGACCGCCCGCUUAUUUUUUGUAUGGCGGUCACUUUGAAUCGUAUUUUUACGAUAACGAAUACGAAUGAGUUCUCAAACGCCCUUGCGCACUGCAUCCGAUCCGAAUCCGUGAAAAUACGUUCUGAAGUAGCCAUAGAACUAUUUGUAUGGUACUUGUAGUUUAUACCUACAUCCGACUUCUGUCAUUCAAUUUCAAAGCGCCUCCUUUGAGUUUCCCCCAUUUUGUUUUCAUAAUACCAAUUUGAACUGUAAAUCAAAGUAAAUAAAGUUGAGUUUCAAUUGUUAUACAAAUGGAACAUUGUGCCUUGGCUCCGCAUUUCUCUGUAGGUGAGCGUUGCGCCUAUGACUCUUUUUACUAAGGUAAACCAAUGAUAAUAUAUUCUUAAUUAUAUCCUUAUGUCCGAAGUCCUUGUUAUAUUUUUCAUGUAUGUAUAUUUUAUACGAAGUACAUAUAGUUCGCGACAGGUCGACAUGGCAAUCGAGGUGAGGACGCCCCGCACAACUCCGCGUUAACGCGGUGCGGGAUAGCGCGGAUGACGUACGGGUGUGCGAUUGCCAUCUCGAACUGUCGCGUACCUACUAUACCUACCUAAAUCAACUAUGUUAUUGCUUUUUUUUAUUUUUGAGAGAGUUUUGCCUUGUAAACUUUAUUGCAUUUUUGGGUGAUAUUAAGAUUAAUGAUAGACUUUAAGUCAUAUUAAACAGUGAUCUAAGUAUUGUUAAAUGAAAAAUAAAUAAUAUACUGUUAAAUCGAAAA